GAAUCUCAAAAGUCUUUCUUUGAGGUAUGAGAGGGUUAAGGUGCCAGUAGCAGAAUAAACUUGCUCCGCCUGCACAUCCUGUCUUGUGAGAGCACCAGUGGGAUUUUUUUUCCUUAAGAUAUACAUUUUAAACUCUUUGGCUGCUUGUAUUGAACUGCAGGGGUGGCCAGAGCUGGAGAUGCUGAGUAAGCAAUGCUUAGCAAUGCAGUCAAAGCAUCUGCAUUCGAUCAAAGCAAAAUGUGAUCUAUCCCUUUGUCCAGUAGUUGCUUCCUCUGCAGCUCCACAACAGCUUUUGUGAGCUUGCUUUGGUGAAGCCGACUGCUUAGAGGGCAUGAUCCAAGGUAGUCCCAGGUUGCUGUUUCUCCUAGCAAGAACAACCACAAGCUGAAGGGAUUCUUUUCCUCCCACCCCCACUGAUCUAUAUUGCAGGACUGGAAGCUGCCAAGUGCAGGUGGAGGGUGCAGCAUAUCUUGUAGCAAGUUGCUGGAAGAGUGUUUUCCCUUUCAAACAAGGGUAAUGUCAUUUCAACCUACAGUCAUCUUUCUCAGGAGAGUCCAAAGCACACAUUCUUUCCAGUCAGGACACAUCCAGGUUUCUAGCCUCAUAACUGGAGAAGCAAAUUAUAUCCAUACCAUUGAAAGUGCAAGUUAUUGCUGGGUUCUGGAGCAGCUGUAACCUUUCAUCUUUGUAGCCAAAUCCAAUUCUGGCAACUGGUUGGCCAUUGUGUAACUACAGUUCUACCCUACAUAGGCCUUUAGUCUGAUCCAGCAUGAGAGGAUAGACAACUACUACUUUGACAAUCCUGAUAACUAAGGAACCUUUGGCUUUCCAGGCUGCAUCGGGAUGCAUCAUCAGUACAAAGACAGGAGAGGCACAAAUGUCAGAAGAGAACUUUUUCGGAGAGUUGUGCUUUCCAAGACUGGCAGAUCUACUGCUGUUUAUGGCCAGUUUCCAGCAUUCUAGGCCAGGCCAAGGUGUACAGAGUGUCUUUUCAGGAUCUCCCUAGCUCUUCUAGAAGAGAAUGUUUUCCCUUCUUCUGGAGACAGCAUUCCCAGUGCAUCACAGCGCUCCUUGCCAACUCCCUCAGGAGACCAUGGACACUCCGUGCAGCCGUAUUUGCUUCCCAGUCUACUCAUGCCUUGUGGAUGUGCAAUUCCAGUGGAGCAGGAGGUAAGGCCUUCACUCUGCCUCAGGCCAAUCCAUAUAGAUCUCUGGAGUGCUGUGUGGAAAGCUGCCACAUUAAGACUUCUGGUCAGCACAGGGGCUGUUGCCAUGUCUGUCUCCUAAGAUGCCAGGCCUUCAAGCAAAAUGGAAGCAGCCAAUGCCAAAUCCUUCUUUUGGGAGGUUUUCCCCCCAAUGCCUACCUGCCGGGUAUACUGCAGCCCAACCUACCAGGAUGGACAUCUUUUUGUGGUGGGUGGUUGCAGCCAACAGGGUCAACCCUUGGACACUGUGGAAAUGUUGGAUAUUGUUUCCCACAAGUGGACAGCAUUGCCUCCUAUGCCCACUGCAAGGGCAGGAGCUGCAGCAGCCAUGCUUGGCAAGGAUGUGCUGGUGAUUGGAGGAGUGGACUCCACCCAGAGCCCCCUGGCCUCAGUCGAAGUCUACCACAUGGAUGAGGGCAAAUGGGAGAAGAAAGGAGACUUGGCCCAGCCUUCCAUGGGUGUUUCAGCUGUUGAAAAAGAUGGUACCGUUUAUGCUUUAGGUGGGAUGGGUACAGACACUUCUCCACAAGCUGUGGUGCGGAUGUACGAGCCAUCCAAGGAUCAUUGGCAGCCCCUUCCAUCUAUGCCUACACCCUGCUAUGGAGCCUCUACUUUUAUACAUGGGAACAAGAUUUUUGUGAUGGGAGGGCGACAAGGCAAGUUGCCUGUCACAGCCUUCGAAGCCUUUGAUCUGGAAGUGAAGAGCUGGACACGCUACCCCAGUGUGCCCAGUCGGCGUGCCUUUGCCAGCUGUGCCAUGGUGGAUGGCUGCUUCUUUAGCCUGGGAGGACUGCAGCAGCCAGGCCCCCACAACUUUUAUUCCCGGCCCCACUUUGUCAACACCAUGGAGAUGUUUGACUUGGAAGAGGGAUCUUGGAGUCGGCUGAACCGUACUCUCCGCAUGAGGGACAAGAGGGCUGACUUUGUAGCUGGUCACCUGGGUGGACGUGUGGUGGCAGCUGGUGGUCUGGGGAACCAAUCUUGUCCUCUGGCAUCUGUUGAAGGCUUUAACCUGGCAAGAAAAAAAUGGGAGCCCUUGCCCUCUAUGCCCACAGGGCGCUGUUCCUGCUCAAGUCUGGAGACACCCAACCUGCUCUUUGUGAUUGGUGGGGUGGCCCAGGGACCCAGCAGUGCUGUGGAGGCUUUGAGUGUCCAGCAGGGGAUCUGAAUGAUGCUUCCUGGUGGAAUGUUUUCCGCCAACACAACUCAAGAAGAAUGAAGUGCCUGACCAUGGUGGUAGGAUGGAUGCGUGUCUGAGGAAGCCAGGAGGAGAACACAUGCUUCAUUGCUGAUGUGGCAGCCUGUGGAAGUAUCUUUUCCUCUUGCUGUUCUCCAAGAAACUCAUUUAACCGUUGCAAAGUACAGUAUAGUACAGAGUAGCCCAGAGACUGGUGCAAUCUGCUCCUUUGCCCCCUGCCAUAGGCAUGACGGGAAUCAAGCAUGUGAACACGCUCUCUACCUGGUUGAGCAAGGGGAAGGGCUUAAGGAAGCUGGCUUUCUUGUUGCCACAGGCAGGAGCAGAAGGCCUUGCUGCACAGCCAUGGAUCCUUCAUUGCAUGCAACCUUCUGGCUCCAAGUUGACAUGGUGAGAAUGUGGGCGGGGCUGGACAAGGCUGGGCUCACCAUUUAAGUGAUUGCUUUCACCAAACUAAAACUUUAAGCAAUUCAGCUCCCUUCCCUUUUGUUAUCACUGUUGAAUUUUAGGUUGUAAUCUCUUCAGACCACAGCUCUCUUGUCAAUCUUUCUUCCUUGCUUAUGCUACUCUGCAAGCUGCCCAUGUAUACUGGUGAUGCUGUGUUAAUAACAACUCAGAUGAAUGCAAAGCCUUCAGGAAACAACUGGGUUAUGGUGUGGCAAGCAUGAGUGAGUUUUGGAGAUUAAUUCAUGGUUAAGCAAUCACACAGCCCAGGACACAAUUCUGCCCUCGUUCUUCCCAUGCUUGUUUGGCAGCACGGAGUGGCCCUUAAAAUUUUGAAAAGUUCAUUUUUGGACUGCACCUUCCACUGAACAGUGGUUGGCAGGGGAAUUGUGAGCACUGUAGUCCAAAAAAGUACCUUCUCUCACCUCUGGCCCUCAGUUGCAAAGGGCAGUGCAGAGGGGAUGUUUCCUCAGCAGGCUCUGAGGAAAAAUGAAUGAACGUGUUUUCCUAGUAGAGCAGAUAAUCUGUUUCUGCUUUCAGCUGCCCUUGCUAUUCUUGUGCUGAUGUCUCAUAUGCUGUUCAGCUGUCAACUCUAGGAAGGCUGGGUGUAGCCGUGACGCCCUGUGGUGUGUUCCUAACCCAGUUUCCUGUCUCAUGUAGCACAUAAGGUGCCCUCUAGCUCAGUGCCUAGGAGGUGGUUUAGCACCUCACGCCAAUAAAACCAGUGGGAUUUU